GAUGAUCCUGGUUUGAAAAAUGAUGCCAAGAACAAGCCAAUUCAACUGCCACUGUAUCAAUCUAGCAACUUCCUGAUAACAGAGGCAACAACUCCAUCAUUCAGAGCCCCUGCUACUACUAACCCAAACCUGCCCCUUCAGUAUGGAGCAGGACAUCAGUACGGACCAGGCCAGAUCCCUCAGUAUAGACCAGGCCAGGGGGUCCUGUGCCCUGACCAGAUCCCUCAGUAUAGACCAGACCAGGGGGUGCUGAGCCCUGACCAGCCCUCUGUAGCAGAGCUCUUCCACCAGCUGAUGGUUUCAGAGACAGAAGAGUUGCUGUUCAUCCAGCUACCUGAUACUAUCCCUGGCCAGCCAACCACAGCCUCCGUCCCAAGCCAGCCAGCCACCGGCCAGCCAAUCACAGCCCCAGAAAGAAAUUGUAAAAAAGACUCCAAGUCCGACGGCAAGCGCACCUCUCACAUUAAAGCACCAGACACUGCUGGUAAAGACGUUCCUGUCCUGUCAGAGUUCACAGAGGGGUUUCUGGGUAAACUACAGAUCAGGAAGUCUGGCAAGGUGCAGCUGGUGCUGGGAGACAUCACUAUGGACGUCUCAGAGGGAGCGGCCUUCUCUUUCCUACAGCAACUGGUGUCUGUGCGUCUGUCUGAGGGCCUGACUGGAGACAUGAGUAUCCUGGGGAACGUCAAGCACAAGCUGGUCUGCUCUCCAGACUUCCAGGCUCUGCUACAGGAGCCAUCACCUGACCACUCAGCACAUCUCUAACUUAUAUUCACUUCACCUUUUUCAGCAUUAACUGUGUAGAUAUUGUAGUUUUAUUACACGAUGUGAGGAUGAACUGUGUAGAUAUUGUAGUUUUAUUACACGAUGUGAGGAUGAACUGUGUAGAUAUUGUAGUUUUAUUACACAAUGUGAGGAUUAACUGUAGAUAUUGUACAGUUUUAUUCCACGAUGUGAGGAUUAACUGUGUAGAUAUUGUACAGUUUUAUUCAGAGAUGUGAGGAUUAACUGUGUAGAUAUUGUACAGUUUUAUUCAGAGAUGUGAGGAUUAACUGUGUAGAUAUUGUAGUUUUAUUACACGAUGUGAGGAUUAACUGUGUAGACUUUGUACAUAGUUUACUUUCAUCAUACAGUGUUUAUGUACCUUGUCGAUUUCCUCCCAAUUUGUUUUCACUGUAUAAACAUUGUGUAUAAUAUGAAGUCUUUUUUUUAUGUACGUAAAUGUUUAUUUAAUAAAAAUGAGAUACAAAACAUGAGCGAAAA